GACACCAGAGCAUUCGCAGUCCUACCAAGCAGAAGCACAAACCAUUCCUCCCGAAUGACAUCCGCAGACUCAGCUGCCAGCCGGCAAGCCUUCCUGCACUCCGAACUGGAAGAACUCUCCCGAAAACUCGAACGCAAGGACAGCUCGGAGAGGGUGCGGGUCCCACCGCCCGACCACGAUGGUCUAGUGACGGCACUCAGGGCCUUUCGCGCCGUCUCGAGCAACAAGAACCCCCGCAGGUCCUCGAGUCUCGUGUCCCGGCCUUCCGGUAGGCACGCAACCAGGUCUUCGCUGUUGCCCUCUCGCAACGGAAACACGAGUACCGAUCGAAACAGCACAGCGGGCGGUUCCAAAACGGAAUCUUCCGAGCGUCUCGCCUCCGGCAAUCGCCGUUCGAGGAGUAUCGGCGCGAACCGAGCCAAAGCCAGAGCCAAAACAAGAACCAUCCGAAGAGCUUCUGCCGACAGAUCGUCCUCUGCUACCACAAGACAAAAGUUGUCCCCGAAACGUUAUGCCCACAGAGAAUCCUCGCAGCGAGACAUCCCGGAGUUUUCCUCGCAGUCCCCUCUGCCAAAGCGGUCGGUGUCUCUGUCAUCGUCGGCAACAAAAACAAGCAUCCCGAGGCGCACGCAAUCUCUAACCUCGGCAUCGACGCCGAAACCCAGCCUCCCGAGGCCGCCAACCCGUCGGAGCAGCCGAAACCGAACCACAACGACCUCUUUCGAAUCGUGCAGUUCUUCGAGAGACCAGCAGGAACGACCGAUGCGAUCCUCGGUGUCUUCGGUGUCGUCGUCGUCGUCUAACGGAUACAGUGCCGGCAGGCGCCGGAGUUCCGCGUCGGUGUCCUCGGUGCAGUCGGUUCAAUCAUGUUUGACGUCUUCCUCCCUGACCAACAAGAACAAGACCCACCAGAGGAUGCGACGCCGGAGAUCCCGCAUCGAGAUCCACAACGCCCUGCAAUCCAUGAUUCAACAGUACGGAGAUGCGAUCGAGGUGGAACAAGAGCCACCUGAAGGCCAAGGCGUUGCCAGCGAACGGGUUGUCGACGUCGUCAACGACGACGACGACGACGACCCUACCCACCAUGCGUGCCACUUGCGCCAGUGCGAGUCGGAAUUCUUUUUGCAGCCACCCACCUCCCCGGACAACGGCUUGUCGUCUCCGUCGGAGAUCUAUCUGGCCGGAGACAAACACGCGCGCACCGACUAUUCGUUUCUCGGGACCAAGGGAAAGAAACUGUCCCGCACCGUCUUGACGCGCCUUCUCCGCAAGAGCAAAAACAUGCUAGAGGCCGUCGCGAGCCUCAAGCUGCCCCUCGACGAGGGAAACAGGGACGAACCGGAACCGACAACGACCGUGGUGCACGGGUCCUCCGACGACGCCAGCGACCAAAAUACAAGUCCGGAAACCCGAGAGGGAAAGGCUUCUUUGAUGGUGGACGGCAUCUUGUCUCUCCCGUUUUCUACAGUGGAUGCUGCCACUAUGACAGACGGAGUUCCGAGCCAUGCGAACACAAACGCCAUCGACGACGCCAUCGAGUUGUUGGAAGAAUGCGAAGAGAUGAUGUCGAUGACCAGCUUUUCGUUCGAGGAAACCGAGAACGACCCGGUGGACGACGAGAACGACGAGAUCCACAUGUCUAUGGGCAUUCUGUCUGACGAAGCCACGGGCAAUCUCUGCGAGUAUUAUGGCGGCAGGAACAGCACUCGUUCCAACACCGGAAGCGAAUGCGGCACCGAAUCGCCGCCGGAGGACAAGGAUCCAGCGCCCGUCGACGUCCCGACAGUAUCUACACCAAAUCAGGUGGCGGGACGGUGCCGUGGAAUCGUGCCCAUGGACCGCAUCCCCCCCAGAGAAGACGGCGGCGAGGAGGAGGAAGAGACACAAGCGACCCGAUCCUCGCCACGGCAGCAGGAGGAGGAGGAAGUAUGCCUCCAGAUCGAUUUUUCUCGCUUGUCAGCCAGUGGCUCCGGCGAAACCUUUGUUCGGGAUCUGGCGGCUGCCGGUGCUACCACCAACGCGCAGCAAUAGUUGUUGGGGCGAUGCUCUGCUGUGUACCCAAUGGACACGAUGCUCAUCGGGACAACAACGGUGGUUGUUCAAUCCCCUAACCACCACAUCUUCAAUUCCAGAAUUCAAUAUUGGUAAAGGUAGCAACCGGCUUCACACCGGUACCUCUUGCUGGCAGCAAACUCAACCGCUCACGGAACUGGAAGAUCCCAAGACUACCGACCAUAGACUACACUGACAAAGAAUAUGUAUAAUGAAAUGAAACUAAGUAU